CGGACAACAGUACCUAGCUUGACUGUAGCCUUCCUCAGCGUUAGCUUCCUCAACAUUAGCUUCUGGGCGUCGUCGGUUGUUUAUGAUUUAAAUCAGUGAAUUAUUCGGUUCUCAGUCACCGGAGAUCUGUCCGGUAACGAGUCUCACUUCCGGGAUGAUUCCUACCGAAGAUGCGUCCGCGAGGAAGAGAGAGAUAGAGGACAAACUGAAACAGGAACAAGAGACUCUGUCGUUCAUCAGAGAGAAUCUGGAGAAGAGUGAUCAGCUGACCAAUGGCAUGGUCUCCAUCCUGUCGUCGUUCGAGAGCCGCCUGAUGCAGCUGGAGAACUCCAUAAUCCCCGUCCACAAGCAGACGGAGAACCUGCAGCGGCUGCAGGAGAACGUGGACAAGACGCUGUCGUGCAUGGACCACGUCAUCAGUUACUACCACGUGGCCAAAGACACGGACAGGAUCAUCAGGGAGGGACCGACGGGCCGACUGGACGAGUACCUGGCCUGUAUCGCGAAGAUCCAGAAAGCUGUGGAAUACUUUCAGGACAACAACCCCGACAGUCCGGAGCUCAACACAGUGAAAGCUCGUUUUGAGAAGGGCAAGGAGCUGCUGGAGGGCGAGUUCCGCAGCCUGCUGACCCGCUACAGUAAACCCGUCCCCCCCAUCCUCAUCCUGGACGCCAUCACCGUGGACGAGGAGCUGGAGGUGCAGGAGGAGGUGGUGCUGGAACAUCUGCCUGAGGCCGUGCUCCAGGACAUCAUCUGCAUCGCCGGCUGGCUGGUGGAGUACGGACGCAACCAGGACUUCAUGAACGUCUACUUCCAGAUCAGGUCCAAUCAGCUCGAUCGAUCCAUCAAAGGCCUGAAGGAUCAUUUCCGCAAGAACAGCGCCUCCUCCGGGAUCCUCUACUCCCCCGCCGUCCAGACCAAACGCAAGGACACGCCCACCAAGAAGGCUCCGAAGAGACCAGUCUACAUCCCAGGUAAACUCAAAGCUUCAGUGGACCAUUCGAAGGCUCAGAACCUUCUGAAACAGUACUCACAGCAUGGGCUGGAUGGGAAAAAGGGGGGCUCUAACCUCACUCCUCUGGAAGGUUACGAUCACGACCCGCGGGUCAAACAUCACAGUGACGCUCUGACCGAGAAGCACGGGGCCGCCGCAGGAAAAGACGACGUCCUGGACAUCGAGAUCGACUCGUACAUCCACUGCAUCAGCGCCUUCGUCAAGCUGGCGCAGAGCGAGUACGCGCUGCUGACGGAGAUCAUCCCCGAGCACCACCAGAAGAAGACGUUCGACUCCCUCAUUCAGGAGGCGCUGGACAACCUGAUGCUGGAGGGAGACAACAUCGUGUCGGCGGCUCGCAGAGCCAUCAUGCGUCACGACUACUCAGCCGUCCUCACCAUCUUCCCCAUCCUCAGACACCUGAAGAUGAACAAGGCGGAGUUCGACUCCACGCUGCAGGGAACAGCCGCGAGCACCAAGAACAAGCUGCCCACGCUCAUCACGUCCAUGGAGACGAUCGGAGCCAAAGCUCUGGAGGAGUUCGCCGACAGCAUCAAGAACGACCCUGAUAAAGAAUACAACAUGCCCAAAGACGGAACCGUGCACGAACUCACCAGCAACGCGAUCCUGUUCCUGCAGCAGCUGCUCGACUUCCACGAGACGGCCGGAGCCAUGUUGGCGUCGCAAGUUCUGGGGGACACUUACAAUAUUCCUUUAGACCCCCGAGAGACGAGUUCCGCCAGCAGCUACACCUCCGACUUCAACAAGAGGCUCCUCAGCACCUACAUAUGUAAAGUUCUGGGAAACCUGCAGCUGAACUUGCUCAGUAAAUCCAAAGUGUACGAGGACUCCGCGCUGAGCGCCAUCUUCCUGCACAACAACUACAACUACAUCCUCAAGUCUCUGGAGAAGUCUGAGUUGAUCCAGCUGGUGACAGUGACCCAGAAGAAAGCUGAGAGUUCGUACCGGGAGCUGAUCGAGCAGCAGAUCCAGAUGUACCAGCGCAGCUGGCUGAAGGUCACAGAGCACCUGACGGACCGGAACAUGCCCGUCUUCCAACCUGGCACCAAGCUGAAAGAUAAAGAGCGACAAGUGAUUAAAGACAAAUUCAAGGGUUUCAACGACGGGCUGGACGAGUUGUGUAAGACGCAGAAGGGCUGGGCCAUUCCCGACAAGGAGCAGCGGGACUUCAUCCGUCGGGCCCAGAGGAGAGUGGUGUCGGACACGUACCGAGCCUUCCUGCAGCGAUGUGCCAACGUCUCUUUCACCAAGAACCCAGAGAAGUAUCACAAGUACCGACCGGAGGAAGUGGAGGAGAUGAUCGAGAAGCUGUUCGACACGUCCGCCUGAGAAGAUCUUUAACAAACACAGACUCAUCUUCCUGUCACUCUGCUAACUCCCCGCUUCUCUUUCCCCGUCGUCCCGUCCGAUGAAGGGUUUGAACAAAGAGGAAUGAACGAUGUGUAAUUAUGUAAUUUAUCUGUUUAACAUUUCAAUCGAAUAAAGGGAAAUCUGAACGAACUGGAGGGUUCUGUUGAUGACGCAGCACUGACCAGAUCAUUAGAUCAUAACAAAUAAAUGAAAUAACCUCAGA